AUGGAAAUUGUCUUUCUGGUUACAGCCUCAGCGGCUGCCGGAAGCCGUCCUCUUGAAAGGACUCCGGUUGGGGUGAAGGUGAGAGAGCUAAGCCCUUCGAUCGAGGCUACGAGCCCGACUGUAGCAGAUGAUCCAGCUGCGGGCAGCCAUGGGAAAACUCCAGAACGGUUAAGCCCUGGAGGACCCGACCCACAACAUCAUUAG